AAGAGGGACGCAAACCCGGAGGGAAAGGGGAGUCGGAGGAGGCGACGGCGGCUGCACCGCUGGAGCGCUCCUCUCGGGGACCGGCUGACCCGGGGAGCGAGGACGUCUCUCCGCAGCACUCUUCCGGCUGCCGCCAGACCGUCCCUUCUCGCUAUGUCCCAGAGCAGGCAUCGCGCUGCGGCCCCGCCGCUGGAGCGCGAGGACAGCGGGACCUUCAGUUUGGGGAAGAUGAUUACAGCUAAGCCAGGGAAAACACCGAUUCAGGUAUUACACGAAUACGGCAUGAAGACCAAGAACAUCCCGGUUUAUGAAUGUGAAAGAUCCGAUGUGCAAAUACACGUACCCACUUUCACCUUCAGAGUAACCGUUGGUGACAUAACCUGCACAGGUGAAGGUACAAGUAAGAAGCUGGCGAAACAUAGAGCUGCAGAGGCCGCCAUAAACAUUUUGAAAGCCAAUGCAAGUAUUUGCUUUGCAGUUCCUGACCCCUUAAUGCCUGACCCUUCUAAGCAACCAAAGAACCAGCUUAAUCCUAUUGGUUCAUUACAGGAAUUGGCUAUUCAUCAUGGCUGGAGACUGCCUGAAUAUACCCUUUCCCAAGAGGGAGGACCUGCUCACAAGAGAGAAUAUACCACAAUUUGCAGGCUAGAGUCAUUUAUGGAAACGGGAAAAGGGGCAUCAAAAAAACAAGCCAAGAGAAAUGCUGCUGAGAAGUUUCUUGCCAAAUUCAGUAAUAUUUCUCCGGAGAACCACAUUUCUUUAACCAAUGUAGUAGGACAUUCUUUAGGAUGUACUUGGCAUUCCUUGAGGAAUUCUCCUGGGGAAAAGAUCAACUUACUGAAAAGAAGCCUCCUCAGUAUUCCAAAUACAGAUCACAUCCAGCUGCUUAGUGAAAUCGCCAAGGAACAAGGUUUUAAUAUAACAUAUUUGGAUAUAGAAGAGCUGAGUGCCAAUGGACAGUAUCAGUGCCUCGCUGAGCUAUCCACCAGUCCCAUCACAGUCUGUCACGGCUCUGGGAUUUCCUGUGGCAACGCCCAGAGUGACGCAGCUCACAAUGCUUUACAGUACUUAAAGAUAAUAGCAGAAAGAAAGUAAGCCUGAAGCGACUUAGGAGCCUACCCGCCUCCACCCCCUACCACACCCCCCACCCCCGUAGCACAUAAGAAGUCCCUCUUUCGCUCCUUCCCACGUAAAAUGUUUACUAUGUUUGAGUUUGUGUGUUGUUUCUAAAUCUCUUCAUAGAUUCCAUCAACACCCCAGAUUUAGUGAUCUCCUGGUAGCUGUUAAGCUCUUUUUAAUGGCUUCAACUUUGUAUUGGUAUAUUGUAUUUAUAAACUUUGUACCAUAGGCAGAGUGUAGCGCCCAUUUUACAAUGCCCUGUACAUAGAAGGAAGAAACUGCAUGUUGACAACAACAAUGAAGAUGACAAAGACUAAAACUACUGCUAGCAACAGUCUUCCUUCCUGGUGCUUCACCUCUUCUUUGCACUAGGCUUUGUAAAGGGAAUUCGAAGGAAGCCCCUUACAACUACAGUGUUGAGAAACACACUGUCAGGUGUCUGUUGAAUUUCAGGGAACAUGAUUGGUCUGCUGUGCAUUUGAAUCCAUGUAAUAAAGAGCUGUUGUUAUAACGGGUUCUAUUUGUUUUAUUAAAGUGAUACUGACCUGA